AGGGGCUGGGGUGCCAAGGAAUCAAGUUCUCACUCGGAGUUAAAAGGGAAGCAAGUCUUGUUACUAUCCUCUACACCAAACCGUAGCACAGCGGUUCUUGAAGUACGAUGGCUUCUACCAAUGGAGAAACCGAUCAGGUUUUGGUGGAGGAGAAAUCAUCUGUGAGGGUUUUCACGCUGAACAGGCCUAAGCAGCUCAAUGCACUUUCGCAUACAAUGGUAUCCCGUCUAUUGGAGCUUUUUCUUGAUUGUGCAGAAGAUUCUUCUGUCAAAUUAAUAAUCUUAAAGGGAAAGGGAAGAGCAUUUUGUGCUGGAGGUGAUGUUGCAGCAGUUGUUCGUGAUCUUACUCAAGGUAAUUGGAAGUCAGGUGUAGAUUAUUUCAGAAAGGAGUUUACAUUGAACUAUGUGAUGGCCACAUACAGUAAACCCCAGGUUUCAAUUCUUAAUGGCAUUGUCAUGGGAGGAGGAGCAGGGGCUUCAAUACAUGGUAGAUUUCGCAUAGCUACGGAGAAUUCGCUUUUUGCUAUGCCCGAAACGGCGCUGGGACUAUUCCCAGAUGUAGGUGCUUCAUACUUUUUGUCAAGACUCCCUGGAUUCUUUGGAGAAUAUGUUGGCCUGACAGGUACGAGGUUGGAUGGUGCUGAAAUGCUUGCAUGUGGUCUAGCAACUCACUUUGUUCAAGCAGAGAGAUUGCCAUUGUUAGAAGAAGCACUUAUUACAGCAGAUUCCAGCAAUUCAGCUGUUAUCUCUUCUAUUAUUGGUGAAUUCUCGCAUAUACCAAAUUUGAAGAAGAAUAGCGCCUACCACAGGUUGAACAUCAUUAAUAAAUGUUUUUCCCGAAGAACGGUUGAAGAGAUUAUAGCAACCCUUGAGAGGGAGGCUGCUGACAAGGAUGAUUGGAUCUCUUCCACAAUCCAGUCACUGAAGAAAGCAUCCCCCAUGAGCCUUAAAAUUUCUCUCAGAUCGAUUAGAGAAGGGAGGCUCCAGGGCAUUGGUAAAUGCCUCGUCCGAGAAUUCAGAAUGGUUAGUCAUGUCCUCCGUGGGGAAAUUAGCAAAGAUUUUAUUGAGGGUUGCAGAGCUAUACUGUUGGACAAGGAUAGAAACCCGAAGUGGGAUCCCUCCACCGUAGAGUCAAUCAGCGACGAAAUGGUGGACCGUUACUUCUCCAAAGUAAACGACCGCGACUGGGAAGAUUUAAAGCUCCCAGUGAGGUCCAAUUUACCUGCAUAUGCCAUUGCUAAACUUUAAUUCUUGAUGGCUUGUAUUUAGUUACAAAACCACACAACUCUAGUUCAGGACUUACUACAAAUAAUGUUGUCACAAAUGUUAGCCAAGUAAUAAUAUGAGAAGUCUGAAGUAAUAAUGUGAGAUCGUAAUCGGCACA